AUGGUCAAGUCGAAAGGUUCACAAUCUCUUCUAACUUCUCAAUUAGGAUUGAAAGAAUCAAAGGAAGCACAGGAAAAUGAAAUUGAAGCUUUAAAAGCGAUUUUUAUGGAUGAUUAUGAGCCAAUUGUGGUGGCUACUGCUUGGAAGGUUGCUCCGGCUGGUCAUCAAUUCAGACUUCAUUUAUGGCCUCAAGAAGAAAAAUUAAAACAACAUGUUAAAGUUGAUUUACAUGUAAAAUUUCCUAAAACUUAUCCUCGCUCUGCUCCAGAUAUGAAAAUUGAGAAUGUUCAUGGACUUUCAAAUUUACAAUUACAACAGCUUCAAUCACAUGUUUCACGUUUAAUAAAAGAAAACCUUGGUCAAGAAAUGGUGUUUACAAUUGCUGAAUUCAUUAAAGAUUACAUUACCGCAAAUAAUAGUGGAAUUAAAAAUAUUGGACAUCACAAAAAUCAACCUUCUUUUCAUGAACAGAUGCUGAAUCGUAUUGAGCAAACAACAAAGGCUGAACUAGAAAAAUCAAUGGAAGAAGUUAAUCGUGUACGUCAAAUUCAAGAACGUGAACAACAAAUGCAGAACUUAUCCUUGCUUCAAAAAAUUGAUGAAGUCACACAACUUCAAAAGGCGAAAAUUGAGGAGGAACGACAAAAAAGAAAAUUAAUGAAGAUAAAUGAAGAUGAAAAUUUGAAUCCAACUAAUAAUUCUUUUGCAGGCUUUCGAACUAUUAACUUUGAGAAUUUUGUCAGAUUGGAUGAUUCACAGUCAAUGCCUUUUAAGUCUGUAGUGCUUGGGCCUUCUAUAGGAAAAGGGUCAAUAAGCUCUAUUUCUUUGGUCCAGGCUUCGAAUUUUCAAAUAAAAAAUCUAGAAUUAUCAAGUAGUUAUGUAUUAGUGCUUAAAGAGAUUGAAAUAACGGAGCCACAUUAUUUGGACCUUGAUGGAAAGAAAAAAUUGGAAGAAAUUGAAAAAGAUCUUGAAAGAAUAAAAAAAUUAAGACAUCCAAAUAUAAUAUCUAUAUACGAAUCUGAACUCGAAAGAGUUGCUUCAGGUUGGAAGUUACACAUUCUUAUGGAGUAUGCUCGUGGUGGUUCACUUGUCGAUCUAUUGAAAAAAUGUGGAGUAGUACGUUUGUCAAUUGCAAAAGAAUACAUUAAACAAUUAUUAAAUGCUUUAGAUUUUAUACAUGCAAAUAGUUUUGUUCAUAAAGAUGUCAAUUAUCAUAGGAAAUUAUUAGGUCACAUGCAUAAGGUUUAUCCAUUAUCUAAAUCCUUAAAUACUGAAUAUAAGAAAAAUUGGAUAUCGCCUGAACAUGAAACCAAGUCCGAUGUUUAUUCUAGGAAAAAUGAUAUUUGGUAUCUUGGAGUUGUAUUUUUACAAAUGUUAUUUGGAUUGAAUGUUGUUGAUGAUUCUGAAUCUUUGGAUGAUGUAUUCGAAACUUUACGAGAUAUUCUGCAAAAAAUGCUCGAAGAAGAUCAGAGAAAAAGACCAACACCAUUAGAGCUACUUAAUGAUCCUUUUUUCAAUGAAGGAUCAGAUACUUUUUACGAUCAACCACUUAAAUUUUUAAUGUCUUCUGGUCACUCAAAUCCCGCAAAAUCCCUUAUACAAAAUAUCAGUAAUAAAGAAACAAAUGAUAUUGUUGGAAGUUUUGGUGAUAAUAAUUCUCAUUAUUUAGGAUCACCGCCAAUAAAUACUCAUAAUAAUACUUUUUUUUCAAGAUAUAAGCUUGAUUUUGAGGAAACAGACUUUCUUGGAAAAGGUGGUUUUGGAGAAAAAGUUCGUCUUAACCCUAAUGAUAUAGAAAAAACACGAAAAAUUUUAAGAGAAGUGACAACAUUAUCUCGUUUACAUCACGAAUAUGUUGUUAGAUACUUUACAACUUGGUUUGAGGAUUCGGACGGAUCAAUGAAAGAAACCGAAACUUUUAGUGAAGAAGUUUCGGCAGGAGACGAUGAAACAUCAGAUUCGGAUGAUAAUUUAGUGUUUGCAGCAGAUGAUGAUGAAUAUGAUUUUUUAUCUACUGACGCGUCAAAUAGUCGAGGAGGAGGAUACAAUAAAGCUCGUAUGAAAGAGUCCUCCUCUUCGGAGACAGAUUCAGAAUUUGAAAUUCAAGAUGGUGAUGCUAGAAAUGUUAGAUUUGCAGUAAAGUCUAGGACAGCGCCAAAAAAAACACGUAUUCUUUAUAUACAAAUGGAGGAUUGUGAAAAGAAAACACUUAAAGAUAUUAUUGAUGCUGGGAUAGAAGAAGAAGAAGGGUUGAGUGACGGCAGAAUUAAUGAUUUUGCAUUACCAUCUUUCCAAAGUACACCGCAACUAUCAUCAACAUCUAAUACAUAUUCAUCAAUAUCAACACCCAAAUACUUUCGAUAUCAACGUCUUUGA